GACUAGAUUAGCAUAAAGAGUUCAAACUAUUCAAUCAAGAGAAAAUGGCAAAAUCUGAAAAAACACACCCUAAGGCCCAAUUAUGCAUGGGGAGAGGGAGUGGUGAAGCCUCAAACUGAAUAGUUCGGUUAAGAAUGAGUAUCCAUGUAGCUAUGAUCUAUCUAUCAGGAUUGCUUUGGAUUUUAGGCCUUAAUCUUUUCAUGAAUGCAAUACCAAAGAAACAUUUGGAGAAGCUUUUCAGGUGGGUGAGCCUAAUCCUAAGCCAUUGGUUGACACAGAAGAACAUUACAGAAAGACACAGGAACCAAUGUGGCCCAGAAAGUCCAGAAACAACGGCUACUCUCUUACAAUGGGUUCCCUCAGUAAUUACUCAUUCGCACUCCCUCCAUUUUCACUCUACCAUUUUACUUGACUUGGUUUUUAGUGUGGGGCAUGCAUGAAAUUUACAAUUUCAUUACCCUUUUAUUCUCAUUUUCUAGUGCAACAUCCGUCCUGGAGUAGCAGAGUAUAUGUCAAUUAUCGUUAAAAAAUAAUGAUAAAUGUUCUUUUAACGUUUAAAACUUCGUAAAUGUGACAUUAUUACGUGUGAAGUUAUGUUCUUUAAAAAAAAUGAAUUAUAAAAUUAAUGUUU